AUGCAGCUGCAGUCCUUGGGCGCAGAGCAUGAACAGCAUUGGCCCCGAUAUACUUUUUUGCGCCGACGCCUUCCAGAAAAUGUGGAAUAUCUCGUGGGUGCCGACUUAAUAUUUUUGCAGAGGAAAUCCGAAGCUUCCAAACAAGUUGCGCCGGAAGAUGUGCGCCAACUCUACGCGAUGGUGAAAAGCCUCUGUGGAAAAGCGCGGAUCAUUCACGCGAAGGUGCUCUUCCAGGGCACGGAGGUUUUCAAUGGCCGGUUCCAGAAGCUCGCCGAGGUGCUGUCCGGCGUCGCCAAAGGAGCUGACGUCGUGAUUUUGACAGGAGUCUACACGGUCGAAAGCCAGCGCGGCUGGGCCGUGCCCGUGGAUUUCACGCUCCAAGCCGGUGCGCCUUUCGUGAAGAAGGCAGAGAAGCUGCGGCGUGCCAUGGCAAAGCUGGAGGAGGGCAACUUCGGGAAAGCCGCAGGUCGAGUUCGCAGCCUGCUCUCGCACGGAGACAAAGCAAGCUUCACGCGGGAGUGGAACUCGGCGGGAGGGGCUCUCAGCUUCCUGCAGCGGCAGCUGGAGCUUGUGCACUUCUUGGAGACUGAGUCUGAGAAAGAGGCAUACAGGCGGCGGCUCUGUUUGCCUGAGAACACUCAGCAGGCCUUCUGGGAGGAUGUGGUCAGUAGCGAGCUGCAAUGUAGAGCGAGGGAGCUACUUUGGCGUUUCCGCACGCGGGUCAGUCUGGUUUUGCGACAGUCUAUUGAAGCCACCUGCUGCCCAUCUCCGGCCCCUAUGGCUCCUCCAACCGCGGCACAGCCGCCUGCGGGCCCAUCGGCAACUGCAUCGGCUGAGCAGCAGGUGGCAGAAGCACAAAGUGCGAGAGGUGCAAAACGGAAAGCUUGCUUUGCAGCCUUGGAAAAGGGCACCGAGGUGGGAGUCAAGUGCGAUGACGGCUGCUGGUACGGGGCCACCGUGCUGCGCAUGAAGCGGGAGGAGGCUGCAGACAAUGCGAUCCAGGUGAAGAUUCGCUACCAUGGCUGCGGCAAGGAGGAUGACGAGUGGCUUUCUGAGCUGAGCGGCAAAGCCGUGAGGUAUCCAGUCACUUGUUUCAGCAAACGGAGCCUAGGAUGUGCACGCUCUGCCGCCUUCUUGCUGGACAAGGCUGCGCAAAAGUCCCAGGCUCUCGAGGUCGCCUCGAAAAGCCCGCUCCUGCUCGGAGUCAGGCAUGCGAACGAUCAAUCUGGAGCCUUCCUUCGCCCAGCCUGCGAGCACUUCCUCUUUGCGAACAUGCUGCUGGUUGCGUCUCUUGCCCCUGGCGUACUGGCUGGCAGUCUCUCUCGGGAUUGGUGUCCGCUGUUGCAUGGCUUGUUAUCACUGAAUCUGAAGAUUCUGUGCCUGAACCUGCUGGCCUCGGACAACCAGAAGGAACCGGCUCGGGGCGGCAGUCUCCUGGUCCGGCGAGGAACUGCUGCAUGUCUGCCGCGACAGAAGCUGUGGCUGCGACUGUGCCGGUUGUAUUGCGCAAGCCACGACCUGGCCCUUGAGCUCACAGAGCACUUCCUGCGAAGAUCAAUCGCCAAGUUCCGUUUCAGUUUGCUUCUGACUCGACAGAACGGCGGAGACUGGCGACGAAGCGAGGCAGCUCCCUUGGGAGACGCUCUGAAGUCCUUACAGUUGCGCGCAGAGGCAUUCUGCAAAGUCUCUUUGCUUUCUUCGCCCCUGGCAGAGGCAGAGCCGGUCGCAGAAAGUCUCUCCGGCACGGCACACGGCCUCGAGAACUCCGCGAACCGAGGCGGUGCUCCGGCCACAGCUGUCAGAGCAUCCAAGAACGCAUCUCUGCUUUGCUUUGGGGAUUCGGCAACGAAGGAAGAAGAUGACGAGGAUGCAGUGCGCAUCCGUUUAGUUCACAUCAAUGAUGUGUACAUCAUGGACAAUUUGCCACGCUUGAGGAAAUUCUUAGACGACUGCUGCUUUGGUAUACGACGUGAGAACCUGGUCGUUUGCGUUGGAGGUGACCUUCUUUCACCAUAUCCUCUGAGCACGCUGGACAAAGGCCGAGGAAUGGUAGAGGUGAUGUUGGAGAGUGGCGUGCAAUAUGCAUGCUUCGGAAACCACGAGGCAGACGUUGACCUCCGAUCGCUGAAACAGCGGCUAGAAAGAUGGCGCGAACGAGGAGGGAUUUGGAUCAAUACCAACAUGCCGGACUUGCUGCCUGAGCUCGGCUUGCCCACGUAUGCCAGCGUCGUGGGUUUGUCAAAGGAUGGGGACAGUUCACGGCAGCUUUGCCUGCUGGGUGUCUGCACAAAGGAUCCAAGCCUUUACACAGACGAUGCAGACUUCGGUGGUGCCAUUAGCACCGCUUUGGACUGCAAUGAGUGCAUCCGCGAUACAGCCAAAGAGCUGAUGGAUCUACACAAGCUUGAUCCAGAUGCACAGAAAGUGGAUGCGGUGGUGGCACUGACCCACCAGGACCUAGCAGUGGACAUCGAGCUCGCUACGAUUGCUCGGUCAAACGGUAUCCAUGCAGUAUUGGGAGGGCACGACCACACCGAGUACUUGGACCAGCACAAUGGUUGCGUCCUUCUGAAGACCGGAAUGGAUGCUCAGCGUGUUGGCGUGGUAGACCUGCUAUGGCAGGGAGACAAGGAUGUUCCGACGAUCGAUUUUUACGAUCUCAUUCCCUUGGCCAGCUUUGCUACAAGCAGGGCUGUGAGCAAAUCUGUCCAGAAGCACAUGAGGAAGCUCUGGAAUCUGGAGCAGUUGAAGGCCCGGGUUCACCUCAGCGUUUUCCCGGAGCAGCCCGUCAUGUCCUCCAAAAACAUCCGAAAACAUCAGACGACCUUGGGCUCUUUCCUCUGCAGCGCGCUUCGGGACGAGAUGCAGGUCGACUGCGUGCUCUUCGAUGGAGGCAACAUCCGAGGAGAUCGAGACUACAUCCCCAGCACGGAGCAUUAUCUGGGCUCCCGUUGGGUCUUCACUCUCUCCGACCUGGAGCUGGAGCUUCCCUGGAGUUCAGGCAUGGUGGAGAUAGUGCUCGAUGGCGAGCAAGUCGCACGCGCUGUGCGGCUGUCACGAACGCUCAAACCUGGCUCGGGGGGCUUCCUGCAGACCGACGAGGGCCUUUGGGUCAGUCCCGAGGACCAAGCCCAGGUCACGCACAUCGCAAACGAGCAAUGGAAGAAGGACAGGAAGUACCGUGUUGGCAUGAUGCACAGCUCGCUCGUCGGUAUGAACCACAAUCCUGUCUUCGAGGAGUGGUGCAAGGCCAAUUCCAGCCAGAUUCCGAAGGAGGAUUCUUCAAGGCCUGCCAAGGAGCUGAUUAAGAAACAGCUCGCUCGGCGUGUCUGGGAUCAGCUGCCAGAAUUCCACGACAUGAACACCUCGCACUCUGGGGCGCUUUCAAAGGACGAAGUCAUUCAGGCAUACAGGAAGACGUUUUCGAACUCUCCAGAUGCCGCUGUGGAACCUUCUGUAGAUCAAUUGAUGGCUGUAGCGGACUUUGGCGAGAAGGGGGAGUUGUCGCCCGCCAGCUACCAGGGCAUCUUCAGGUUGCCGACUUGGGUCGCCCUGAGUUACUUCACAGCGGAGCAGGCAAGAGAGCGUACCAGUCCAUGUUCUAGCAUCCAUACAUGCAGGCUGACGCACGCCCAUGUGCCUGCGCACCCAAGCAGCCAACUCACCAACCCACCCCCCUCACAGACACGCACUCAAGACGCGCGCUGCCAUGCACCUUAA